AUGGACUUCGGUAGCAUGGAUCGACGGCAACUGACGCUGGCGGCUUCAGGGUUUUCGGUGAUGUUGACUCUGCACUUCACGUUUCAGCUCCUUUCGCAGCACCUUUUCUAUUGGAAAAAUCCCAAGGAGCAAAAGGCCAUAAUCAUAAUCAUCUUGAUGGCCCCUGUUUAUGCCGUCGACUCGUUUGUGGGGUUGCUUGAUAUUCGAGGCAGCAAGCAGUUUUUCAUGUUUUUGGACUCUGUUAAGGAAUGCUACGAGGCUUUGGCUAUUGCGAAGUUCUUGGCUCUGAUGUAUAGUUAUUUGAAUAUUUCCUUGAGCAAAAAUGUCGUGCCCGAUGAGAUUAAAGGAAGGGAGAUCCACCAUUCAUUUCCGAUGACCCUUUUCCAGCCUAGAAAGACGCAUUUGAAUCAGCAGACGUUGAGACUUCUCAAGUACUGGACUUGGCAGUUUGUCGUCAUCCGUCCCGUGUGUUCAGUCUUGAUGAUAACUUUGCAAGUUAUUGGGUUUUACCCGAGUUGGCUGAGCUGGACAUUCACCGUCGUUCUCAAUUUAUCCUUUUCCUUGGCCAUGUAUUCAUUAGUCGUGUUCUACCACGUUUUUGCCAAAGAAUUGGAGCCACACAAGCCGCUAUCAAAGUUCAUCUGUAUCAAAGGAAUCGUUUUCUUCUGCUUUUGGCAGGGAGUAAUGCUCGACAUACUUGUUGCAAUGGGAACCAUCCGAUCUCAUCAUUUCUGGUUAGACACGGAGCACGUUGAGGAAGCCAUUCAGAAUGCUCUAGUCUGUGCCGAGAUGCUCGUUUUCUCGGUUUUCCAGCAGUACGCGUACCACGUUUCGCCCUACAGUGGAGACAUUCAAUCUAGACUGCAGAGGCAAAAGAAGUAUGAAUGA